AUGGCUCCCACAUCAUCACCAGCUCCAGGCAAGGUUCAAAAGUCUGGAAGAAGACAAAGUACUAUGCAAGCAGCACCUGAAAACAUAGCACGUGCAUUAGAGAACAAUAUGCUGGAGAAGGUUAAACUCGAAGAUGGAAUGUCGAACUUGGUUUCAGACUUCUCUCCACAGCUCGGGUCAGAUGGCUCACACCCUUCACCCACAACAUCUACACAAACCCCAAAGACGCCAUUGCCCACAGCAGCUACCAGGCAAGACUCGCAGUCCCCACAUGUAUCAAGCUGCUGCUCUCAAAACCAAAAGCCGAAGUCACACACCCCAUCCCCAGCUCCUGCCGUGGCUGCUGCUCUGGCUCAGAUUGGUGGAUCCUGUUGCGGAGGGUCCUGCCCUUCCACGACAAAUCCUGUUGUGUACCCAGAGGCCGACCAGCAGCAAUUCCAACAACCUUUUGCUUGGGAUGAUCACAGUUACGUGCAAUUCCCCAUGCCCCAAAUGUCCCCAUGGCCCAAUAGCUCGAUUACCACGCAUGGAGACUACAUGCAUUCCGCCAUGCACCAAGCACACCCCCAACACCGAAGUCUCCACAAUGGGUACAUGGGGAUGCUGCUACCACACUCUCAGCCUCAAAUGGCCCAAAUGGGGGUGUCAGUCGAUGUAACUUCGCCGCCAUCUCUGGCGUAUUCUAAUCCGAUGAACGGGCUGGGAAUCACGCAGCCAUCUAUGGGUCCAUACAUACUGAACAACCUCGGACCUUCCUACAAUGUCUCACCAGUCGGCGACUCUUUUCACGACUGUAGCUGUGGAGAAGAUUGUCAGUGUCUUGGUUGCGCUGCUCAUCCGUUCAACACCACAACCCGGAAGCAUGUCCAAGAGAUGGGUGCCAUGAUCACCUCCAACGGUGAUGACAAGAAUCCUGAAAUCGCUAACCCUUACCGAUCCUCAUCUUACCAGGGCGGCGCAUCUUCGGCCCAGUUCCCUUACUUCAUGCAAAGUAAUCCGUCGAUAGACCAUGGCUUCCAGCAGAUGCCGUUUGAUAGGCACUCGGAUCCAAAUUCCACUCUACCCAGUGGUUAUGCCUCCCCUCUGUCAGCAAACCACCAUCUGAACCAGCAGUUGAUGCAUCCUUCAGAGUAUUACACCCUGGAAUACCCAGUCGGGCUACCAAGUGCCUGUUCUGACAUGACGGGCAGCUGUCAAUGCGGUAGCGACUGCAGCUGUGUGGGCUGCCUCACACAUAGCGGCCACAACGGUCUUUCUCUGGACGUGCCUAUCCCCGAGCCCCCCAUUACCAACAUAGCGGAAAGCCAAACUCAAUCUUCCCACUCUGUUCCUCACACAAGUUCCGCUACGUCUCACACUUCGCGGAUCCCUGUGCUGGACAAUAUUUCUGUGCGCUGCCUGAGUCCGCGCACUCUGGAGACUUCCAUGAUCUAG